CCAAAAAAAAAAAAUCUUAAAAAAAAAAGGUUUCAUUUUCUCUCUCUGCAUCCUUCCCAAAGGAAUAAAGGAAAAAAAAAAUUUUAAAAACAUUUCUAAGAAAUUUCCUUGUGUCCUUUUCUUCAUCGUUUGGUCUCUCUCCCGUAAAGGAAGGUUUUCAAUCGCAGUAUUGUACGGAUUCCCAUCUCUCCGUGAAGAAUUAUGGCAUCUGGGGCGUCGGGACGGGGCAAUUCCGGCUCCAAGGGGUUCGAUUUCGGCACCGAUGAUAUCCUCUGUUCCUAUGACGACUAUGCCAAUCAGGACUCAUCUAAUGGGAGCCACGGUGAACCUGUGAUCGGAACCGCCAGCUCCGCCAAGGAUAUUCACAAAAGUAGAAUGAUGAGAUCAUCAGUGCUUCCUCCCAGUGCAUACAGCCAGCCAGAAGACUCUUUCAACCAAGAUGUGGCUGUCACUGUUGAAAAAACGAUGAAAAAGUAUGCUGACAACCUCAUGCGUUUUCUUGAGGGAAUAAGUUCCCGUCUGUCACAGUUGGAAUUAUAUUGUUAUAAUCUUGAUAAAUCAAUUGGAGAAAUGCGAUCUGACUUGAUUCGUGACCAUGAGGAGGCUGAUUCAAAGCUUAAGUUUAUCGAGAAGCAUCUUCAGGAGGUCCAUAGGUCUGUGCAGAUCCUAAGGGACAAGCAGGAACUUGCAGAUGCUCAGAAGGAGUUGGCCAAGCUGCAACUUGCACAGAAGGAGUCUUCAUCUUGCAGCCAUUCUCAAGCCAAUGAGGGGAGAGCAUCACCACCUGCUUCUGAUCCUAAAAGAACUGACAAUACACCCGACAUGCAGAGCCAGCAAUUAGCUCUUGCCCUGCCUCGUCAACUAACUGCACAGCAACAGCCUGUUGUGCCCCCUUCUCAGGCCCCAGCUCAGAAUUUGACCCAACAACCAUCCUACUAUAUGCAUGCCAACCAAAUACCAACCCCACAAGUUCCAGCCCCUGUUCCUGCUCCUGCUCCUGCUCCUGCUCCUACUCCUGCUCCAGCUCCAGCUCCAACACCAGCCCCAACCCCAGCCCCAGCCCCAACAUCCAUCCCAAAUCAACAUCCCCAAGGUCAAUAUUUGCCUUCUGAUCCUCAAUUCCGAACACCUCAGAUGCAAGACCUCUCUAGGAUGGCACCGCAGCCUACAGUCUCUCAAGUAAAUCAGAUGCCAGUGAAUCAACCAUUCCCUCAGUAUCAGCAGCAAUGGCCACAGCAAUUACCACAACAGGUAUCACAGCAACCAUCCUCUAUGCAAUCACAGAUCAGACCCCCAUCAUCAACUGUUUAUCCUUCCUAUUCUCCCACCCAAACUACAAACCAGUCUCAACCAGAGGCAUUGGCACACGGUAUGCCUCUGCCACACAGUAUGCCUAUGCAAGUUUCAUAUUCAGGAGUUCCUCAACCUGUAUCUAGCAGGGCUGAUACUGUCCCCUAUGGAUAUGGUGCAGCUGGUAGAACAGCUUCACAGCAGCCUCCACCUCAGCAAAUCAAAGGCACUUUUGGAGCACAAGCAGCUGAUGGCUAUCCAGCUUCUGGGCCCCAUCCCUCUCUUCCUCCAGGGAGUGCAUAUAUGAUGUAUGAUGGUGAAGGGGGGAGAACACAUCAUCAUCCAUCCCAACAACCUCACUUUGCUCAGGGUGGCUAUCCCCCACACAAUCCCUCUCUUCAGAAUCCUCAACCCAGCACAGGCACCAGUCUUAUGGUCAGGAACCCUAGCCACCCUCAAUACAUUCGCAGUCAUCCCUAUGGUGACCUGAUUGAGAAAUUGGUGAGCAUGGGUUUCAGGGGUGAUGUUGUUGCCAGUGUGAUACAAAGGAUGGAGGAGACUGGGCAGCCAGUGGAUUUUAAUGCUGUGCUUGACAGGUUGAACGUGCAUUCUUCUGGUGGUCCACAGAGAGGAGGAUGGCAGAUGUCACCUCAUACUUAAAUCAAUCUUGAAUGUUAAUUUGAAUAAUGGUCAGUAUCUUCGUAUAUAUCGUGGGAGGAACAGUUAUUUGUGUAUGUUACCUCCAUCAGCAACUUGUUUACCUGUUUGGAAGAGUUUCCUUGUUCUGGUCACACUUUAUCCCCAGAUCCUGAUAACCUCUGUUUUUAUGUUAAUGGAUGUGGUGUCGUUUGGUAAUCACUCUAGGGUAACCUUUAGAGGUUAGCCAUAUCUUUUCCAAAUCUCUUUCUUUGGAUCUCAAGGUUCAAUCAACUAUGAGACUACCAGUUAAGACUCUAAUUUUAGAUGACAUUGAGAUAAGCUCUUUCCUUCUUCUUGGACGGUUACAGUUGUUUUCUGAGUCGGUCUGUAUAUGCUUCAAAAUUAAUUUUUCAUCUGAAA